GUCGCCAGGAAACUAGUCAUGAUGGAGCAGGAUCUCGAGCGUGCCGAAGAGAAGGCCGAGCUUUCCGAAUCCAAGAUUGUCGAGCUUGAAGAAGAAUUGCGUGUCGUCGGCAAUAACUUGAAGUCCCUCGAGGUCUCCGAGGAAAAGGCCAACCAGCGCGAGGAGGAAUACAAGAACCAAAUUAAGACCCUUACCACCCGUCUAAAGGAGGCGACGCAACGAGAGGAGACGUUCGAGGGCCAGGUGAAGAUUCUCGAUAGUCAAUUAAAAGAGGCUGAAGCACGCGCCGAGUUUGCGGAGAGAUCCGUGCAGAAACUCCAGAAGGAAGUUGACAGGCUCGAAGACGAGCUCGUCCACGAAAAGGAGAAGUACAAAUACAUCUGCGACGACCUGGACCUCACCUUCACCGAAUUGGUUGGUUAAAUCGGCUGUCCGAAUAUCCGCGUCCGCUGUCGAAUUAAUUGGGCCGUUAAUCGAAUUAUCGACAUCGUGCGGUUCGAUCGCGGUCGAGUCACGGCCGUCCGACGCGCGUAUUACUUUCGUCAUCGUAACUAAAAUCAAUGUACUAUAAAUACGUUCCGCGUUCAAUAUACUCUACUUUUUUCUAUUUAUCAACGACCCCACUACCGGAUCUUUCGUGCACAGAGCAGCCACUGAGCCGCGAUUAUUUAAUUAUUUAUUUCGAAAACGCCGCUUAGAUCGAAAUUACAAUUGCAAUCAAAAAACGAUUUCUAGCGCAGAGUUCUAAUUGCAUUACGCUGCUUCGGUAAUUGAACGUGCGGUAAGUAGAGCAAAAAGAAAAGUACAGCACACAUCCGACUUUCUGUACGUGUCACUAAUAAAAUGUUAUUGAAUUCUGAAAGUAUAUCCUCUUGAUAAUCUUUCCGUCAAAUAAGUAGCUCUCGCGAUUUAAAAUUGUCGAAAAGCUGUACAAGACCACUUUUGUUUCUAAUACUUCAGAAAAUAGGAUAAAUAAAAUACCUAUAUAGAAUCUGA